CCCUUUAACAUACAUUGUCUCAACUCCUACAUAUAAUCCCUUCAAGUUGCACCACUAAUUAAUGCAGAAAACCCAAACAAAGAAGAUCAUAAUCUAAUAUAGAAAAAUGGGUUUCAAUGAAACAAACAAAGGUUUGUUGUUUUGCAUUAUUGGUGCAUGUUUAGUAGCAGGAGGUUUAGGCCUUGGUGUUAACUGGGGUACGAGGGCGACUCACCCUCUACCCCCGGAAAUAGUUGUGAAAUUAUUAAAGGACAAUGGCUUUAACAAAGUUAAGCUAUUCGAAGCUGAUCAUGCUGCUCUUAAAGCUCUUGGGAAUUCAGGUAUUGAAGUUAUGGUUGGAAUUCCUAAUGAUAUGUUAGCACCACUUGCUGCUAGUGUUCAAGCUGCUGUCAACUGGGUUAAUCAGAAUGUAUCCAAUUUCGUUUCUAGAAGCGGAGUUGACAUAAGAUAUGUUGCUGUUGGAAAUGAGCCAUUUCUGAAAGAUUAUGGAGACAAAUUCACCCACACAACAUUUCCAGCACUUCAAAACAUUCAAGCUGCCUUAAUUAAAGCCGGCAUAGCACGCAAAGUGAAGGCCACAAUCCCCUUAAAUGCUGAUGUCUAUCAAUCAGACACUGAUCUACCUUCAGGAGGCAACUUUCGAGCUGAUAUCCAUGACCUUAUGAUCUCCAUAGUCAAAUUCCUCAACAACAAUGCAGCCCCUAUAGCUGUUAACAUAUACCCAUUUCUUAGCCUUAACAGUGAUCCUAACUUUCCUGUCGACUUUGCCUUCUUCGAGGGUGCAUCCAAGCCUAUUGUAGAUGGCUCACUUACCUACACUAAUGUCUUUGAUGCCAACUAUGACACCCUUAUAUCGGCCCUAGAGAAGAACGGCUUCCCUAACAUGCCUGUCAUCAUAGGGGAAGUAGGUUGGCCUACAGACGGGGCCCUUAAUGCUAACUUAGUUAAUGCUAAGAAAUUCAACCAAGGGCUCAUCAGUAGGAUCCUGCAAGGUAAGGGCACCCCUAAAAGGCGUACACCACCAGAGGUGUACAUAUUUUCGCUUAUAGAUGAAGAUGCAAAGAGUGUCGAUCCAGGGAACUUCGAGAGGCAUUGGGGAAUGUUCUAUUAUGAUGGAGGUGUAAAGUAUCAAUUGAAGAUGGGUAGAGGUAAAACUCUUGUUCCUGCUAAAGGGGUUAAGUAUUUGGCUAAAAAAUGGUGUGUUAUGGCUCCUCAAGCAAGCUCUGCUAAUCCAAAUGUACAAGAAAGUAUAAGCUAUGCUUGUCAAUUUGCUGAUUGCACUUCUCUUGGAUAUGGCUCUUCUUGUGGUAAGUUGGAUGCUAGAAGUAACGCGUCGUAUGUGUUUAACAUGUACUAUCAAACUAAGAAUCAGAGUGCAGGAGCAUGCAAUUUCAACAAUAUGGCAACUACUACUACAACUGAUCCUUCACAAAAUGGUUGUAAAUUUGAGAUUAUGAUUGAUACUUCUAAGACUUUGAAGAAUGGUGGCCCUUCUUCAUUGCCCAUUAACUUGCAAAAGGUAGUGGGAUUAAUCUUAUUUGUGGUGGUUUUCACCAUCAGUUUUGCUCCUUAGAGUUUAGUUUGGUGUUGUGAUUUGUAAAUAAACAAAGAGUGUGUAUUUAAAGGGAUUUGGCAUACAAUUAAUCGACUGUAAGAUACAUAUAUUGAUGUAUUUAUUUUUUAUAGGGUGAGGAAUGGCAUCAUUUGUACAUUAUCUAUUCAUUUUAACUAUUCUUUGUGUAUAUAUGUUUCUUUUCUUGAAACUUA